AUUGUAUGGCGAAGAUUUGAGAAAUGCCAUCUAAAAGAGUGUGAAGGACAAGGAUUUAUAAAUUUAACAAUACGGACUAUCAGGAUCUGAAUUAAUAAUGUUUUUGUUGUUCUCCGUUAACCUCAAGUUCAUCAAUACACAAAAGACGUCAUAUACAAUACACAAUACACAUUUUAAACCGUCUUUUCUGUCAUAUUAUCUUUACUCGAACAAAUGUGUCACAAAUAAACCAAACAAGUUAUUUAGCCAGUGCGGUGUCUUAAUUUUUCAUACACAAGUAAUAGCGGGGAAAUUAAACAACCGUGAUAGUUUAUUUUUAAAGCUAGGUUAUAAAUAGAAUUUCGCAGUAACUGACUGAACGGCCAUUUUGAAAACCUUUUAUCUUGAAGCUGAUGUUUUCAACUCCCGUUCCACACUUUGACGUUGGUGGGAGGAGGAUAUAGAAGACAUCACCGUCCCUUACCAUUCCCUAACUUGUCCUUGGAGCGGGAGUGAGGUGUCUUGGAUAAGGAGGUUAUACGUUGCCACUGAAAAUGACUGUCGAUCCUAGAAUCAAGAUCUAUACAUCAUACUGAAUUACCAUUUUCAAUUGUAGACUCUAGCUAAUAAUUAAAAAUAAUUUGUAAAAUAGUUCAAACUACAAGAUACACAAAACAGCUCAUAGAUCCAAACAAACCAUGGAAACCUCAAUUGAAUUAAGAGAAGAAAAACUAGACUCACAAUUUGGACCUGAAGGUAUGUCAUACUUUGAGAGUCCAGCUGAAGUUAUCAACACUGACCAAAUAAGUGUCUUUCAUCCAGGAAAUCAUGAAGCUGAGAUGUGCUAUAGAGGAGAAGCUGAGUUACACAAACACGUUACUGACUGUAAGAAGAAUCCAGGUCACAAAGGUUUUAUACCUCUUAAAGAUUUCAACACAAGUUGUCUCCCUUCACGUUACCAUGACGACGACCUCGUUUCUGAGACAAUUAAAGCAAUGGCAGCAAUAACUGUCCAGGUAAAGACUAAAUUUACCAGUCUAGAGAGACCAGAGUUUUACCCAGGCACUCAAGUUCUAUAUCCAUGUUAUCAGGACAGAGGAAGUCACGUGAUGAGAAUUGGGACGGGAAAGGUGUAUGAAGUGAACAAGUACACAGAGGGUGACAAAACGUGUCGUUGUGCCAAGUGUAAAGUCUCCGCCACACCCAGCAAAGUUUGGGGGGAGGUCCGUGUGGUAUCUGCUACACAUGUGGUCUUUGAUGCCAGUGAGGCGAGACAGACCAGGUGUGUUUUAGGUUUUGAUGACAAUAAAAGUCCAGUGGUCAGUCUUGAUGGCUGGGAGAUGGAGGAUGCAGAAAUUGAGGGAGACAAGUGUCAGUUGUAUUAUACUACUUGUGACUUAGAGUUGCUUGAUGAACUGGACAAGAUAAAUGAGCGCUUUGAGGAUCUAUGUGACGAAGUAAAGGACAAAUACAGGGGAUUUGAUGACGUGGACAAGUUGACCGUUAUAGUGUCACAUCCUCAUGGCUGUCCUAAACAGGUCUCUGUAGGACAAUGGACACACAAACGUGAGAGGUUCGAUUACUUAACAAUGACCAGGUACUGGUAUACAACAUGUACAUGUCCAGGCUCCAGUGGAGCGCCUGUCUAUAGACAGGGGCAUGACAUGUUUUACCACCAUCCUCACAGUGGAUCAAACUCUAAAGGAAAUUAUAGUGGGGAGUGGUAAGACUAACGUAACUUUUAGUUCUCUCCCCUUGUCUACACAACGUAAUAAAACAAAUGGCGGAAUUAUGUGCUAAGACUUGCACGUUAUUACAUUUAAAUGAUUAAAACAAAUGUUUCAUUGGAUGUAAAAUAUUUAAAGAUUAUUUUUGACAUCUACCAUUCUAAAUUUUAGAGUUGUUUUGGUUUUAAAAUGUUGUAAAUAUUUGUCCAUAACUAAUAUUGUUGUCCUAGAAAUCAAAGAUAUAAAUGUUAGCCUAGAUAGGCCCUAGCUAGAUGUUCUUAUAAAUUAUCUAUUUUUUUGUUUACAUAUAUUUUAAAUAACUAGAAACUUAAUCCUAAAAACAAAACAUCUUUUUUUUAUAAUCGUUGGCUUCACUAAAAGAUUUCUGACUUCUGCCAUGUAAAA